UGCUUGCUAAGAGCGGGGGUUGUCGCAGAGCCAGAGCGAGAGAGAUCAGCGUAAGCGUAGCAGUUGACAAAUAGCCGUAGUCUCCCUGGAAGACUCUUGUCGUUGCAAGACAAUCGUCGUAACGCAAACCCCUUCGUAGAGAGGCAGGAUUGUAUGGACCUCUUUUACCGGAUUCUUCCAGGAUCCCUUCACAGACAGAUAGACAGAUAGACAGGUAUUCGUCGUCGUCGUCGUCGUCCACGAGCAGGGUGUACCUGAAGGGGGCUUGUUCAGUCAUUGUUGGUCGUCGAUAACGCCUAUAGAUAACACCGGCCUUGACCCAACUCCUCGUCUGAUCUGACCUUCAUUUUCACCUCGAGGUCUCGCAAUUCCUGGAACUGCGGUGAAGUCGACUGAAUCUAGUGUGGAUGAGUGGAUCUCAUAGACGUCGGGGUAACUGUAGCGAGUUGUAGAGAAAGCAUGGUGUUUGUGUUUACGAGCGCCUUCGAGCGAAUUUCGCUCUUGUUUCGACAUUUUUGGGGUUUACAGGAGGGUGUACUUAGUAGCGGAGAGAAUGUGUGACUGUAUCUGAUCGUCUAAGCUGUAUUUUUCUCUAAAUCUGGGUGCGUUUCCAGAAUCGAGGAGGGUUGGCGAGUGUCGAUGUUUCGCUCUCCACUUCAAAGUGUUCGUGUUCUAGGCAUUGGGUGGCUCAGUGGACAUUAGGAGCUCAGUGCCCGAACCAAUUCAGUUUUUGUCCAUAGCUUGGAUCGACCAUGGUGAAACUGAAGUGGAUCAACGUUGUGUUAGGGAAAAUGUUGCAUUCGUCAAGUUUUAAGGGCCACGUACCUCCACAAAACUCCAGACGAAUAAGAUUCAUAGCUUCCGCAUUCUCCUGCGAUCGAUCGUUGCGUUCCUGGUGCUGCUCACACCACUCCUGGGAGAGUGUCAGCGACUCAAAUCACGACAGCAAAGACGACUGCUGGUCUAGUUCGAUGCAUGAUGUUCCCAGAGGAUGUCUCCCCGUGUAUGUAGGCAAGGAGCGGAGGCGCUUUGUCAUCCCGAUGUCUUACCUCAGCGACAGCGUCUUCAGAGCACUGUUAGCGAAGUCUGAAGAAGAGUAUGGUUUGAGAUGCGAAGGUGGGUUGCGAAUUGCAUGCUCUCCUAAUGUAUUUGAGCAUUUUUUGUGGUGGCUGGAAGGGGAGACUACCCACUUUUCGGAAGAAAUGGAACACCUUUGUUCAGGUUCCUCCAGGCAGAUUUGACCCAUGGGUAAAUUUGUAGCAACUGCCUUUUUUCCGCUACUUGGACAAUCACAUUGACAUAUUCUUUCUGGGUUGGAAUUCGGGCGGCUCGUAGCUCAUGCUAGAAAACCAUAGCUGCCUUGAAACAAAGUUAGCAUACAAAUUUGAUUUGGUAUGUGCAAGUACAAAGUCCAACCUUAGCAUGGCGAGAUUAUAGAGUGUACAUACAAUCCUAUAAUCAGUUUCUUAGCUUUUCCUCGUUCUUGCAUGAUGAGAUUUUAGUAGUAGCAACGGAGUGGGGGCUUGGCACUAAUCCUAAGUUGGUCCUCAAAGUUUUCUCUUUUCAGAUAUCAACUAAAGUGCCCUCCGUUUGAGAAGGCCAUGGCCGUUACAUUUUGCCCUUCAUCAUCCUCAAUCUCAACACCUGUCUUGAACAUUCUCAUAUGGAAUAUUGCGGCCAGGUUUAGGCCUCCGAUCCGCGAGAUAAUGCCCAGUUCUGAGAGGGAUUCUAGGAGGAUUUUGUGUAAAACCAGCCAGUGAUUCCUUAGCCUACCAGGAUACCGCAGAUGGGAUUGCUGAGCACUCCAUUUCAUGACUCGAGAUUGUAAUUAUCUUUUCGGGUAAAUAAUAAUCCAAAUGUUAAUUGGAA